AUGCUUUCAAAACUUGUUGAUCCAGAAAAAUUAGAAGAUACAAUUUUGUCAAAUUCUCAUUAUCAUAAUCCAAAUAAUAGGAAAGAUGAUACUGAAUUUGUUUCACAAAAUAAAUAUGAAAUUCCUCAAAAUGGUCUUGAUGAAGAAACAACUUAUUGUUUAUUACAUGAUGAUUUAUCAUUAGAUGGUAAUCCAACCUUAAAUUUAGCUUCAUUUGUUAAUACAUUCUCCACAUUAUCUGCAAAAGAAUUAGCUAAAGAAAAUUUAGUCAAGAAUUUAGCAGAUGCAGAUGAAUAUCCAACUUUAAUCGAUUUAACUACAAGAAACAUUUCAAUCUUGGGGAAAUUAUGGAAUAGAACUGAUGAUGAACCAAUUGGUACUGCUACUACGGGGUCUUCAGAAGCUAUCAUGCUUGGUGGAUUAGCAUUGAAGAAGAUCUGGCAACAAAAAAGGAAAGAUGCUGGUGAAGAUUAUUAUAAACCAAAUAUUAUCAUGGGUUCAAAUGCUCAAGUUGCAUUAGAGAAAUUUGCUCGUUAUUUUGAUGUUGAAGCAAGAUUAAUUCCAGUUUCUAAAGAUUCUAAUUAUGUCUUGGAUCCAACUAAAAUUGAAGAAAAUGUUGAUGAAAAUACUAUUGGUAUUUUUAUUAUUUUAGGUAGUACUUAUACAGGUGCUUUUGAAGAUGUCGAAGGAAUUUCUAAAAUUCUAGAUAAAGUUGAAAAAGAAAAAGGUUUUGAUGUUCCAAUUCAUGUUGAUGGUGCAUCUGGUGCAUUUGUUGCUCCAUUUAUUUAUCCAGAAUUGAAGUGGGAUUUUAGAAUCCCAAGAGUUGUUUCCAUUAAUACAUCUGGUCAUAAAUUUGGAUUAACUACCGCGGGGCUUGGUUGGAUUAUUUGGAGAGAUUCAAAACAUUUACCACAAGAAUUAAUUUUCAAAUUAAGAUAUUUAGGUAGUGUUGAAGAAAGUUUUAAUUUAAAUUUUUCAAGACCUGGUUAUCAAUCAAUUCAUCAAUAUUAUAAUUUCUUACAUUUAGGUUUUGAAGGAUAUAAAAAAAUUCAUCAUAGAUCAUUGAAAAAUUCAAGAAUUUUAGCAAAUUUUUUGGAAAAGACUCAAUAUUUUGAAGUUGUUUCAAAUAUUCAUCGUAAAGAAGGUGUAUUACAUUUUGAAUCUUCCAAACAACAAGAAGAAUUGGAUAAUCAAGAUAAUGAAGAUACUUAUUAUAAUAAAGGUUUACCCGUUGUUGCAUUUAGAUUUAGAGAUGAAUUUAAAAAACAAUAUCCUCAUCUUCCUCAAGCUAUUUUAUCAACUUUAUUAAGAAAAAAGGGUUGGAUCAUACCAAAUUAUCCAUUACCACCAAAUGAAGAUAAUUUAGAAAUUUUAAGAGUUGUUGUUCGUUAUGAAUUAACUGAUGAUUUAUUAUUUAGAUUAAUUGGUGAUAUUUUGAAAACAACUCAAGCUUUAAUCAAAUCUUCAGAAUUUUAUCAACAAAGUGUUGAAGCUAAAGAAGAUCAAGCAAGAACUAAAUAUAUUUAUGAAUUAUUAACUUCAAUUGCAAGUGGUGGUGAAGAAGAUAUUGAUAAUCAUCAAAAGAAACAAGAACAUAAGGAAAAAGAUCAUAGUACUUUUAAAGGUACAUGUUGA